AUAUUUGGAACAUAAUUUGUGAUGAUCUACAGAAGUUUUAAAAAUUAUUUUGUGGAGAAAAAGAAGAAUUGGGGGUUUGCGAAAUCGGUAUUUAUCAAAAGGAAAGAGAGGCGGAGCAGAGGAGGAGAAUGGCAGAUCAGAGUGGGCAUUCUAAAAUGGCGUCGCCUCCGAAGGACCGUCCCGUUCGGGUCUACGCAGAUGGCAUCUACGAUCUCUUCCACUUUGGCCACGCUCGCUCCCUUGAGCAAGCCAAGAAAUCGUUUCCAAAUACAUACUUGCUGGUUGGGUGUUGCAACGAUGAAGUCACCCACAAAUACAAAGGCAAAACCGUUAUGACAGAGGCCGAACGAUACGAAUCCCUGCGCCACUGCAAAUGGGUGGAUGAGGUUAUUCCCGAUGCCCCUUGGGUUAUCAAUCAAGAGUUUCUUGACAAGCACAACAUUGACUAUGUUGCUCAUGACUCUCUUCCUUAUGCUGAUGCCAGUGGUGCUGCCAAUGAUGUUUAUGAAUUUGUUAAAGCUGUUGGGAAGUUUAAGGAAACAAAACGGACAGAAGGAAUAUCUACAUCUGAUGUUAUAAUGAGGAUUGUCAAAGACUAUAACCAGUAUGUGCUGCGGAACUUGGAUCGUGGGUACUCGAGAAAUGAGCUUGGCGUGAGCUAUGUGAAGGAAAAGCGACUGAGGGUGAAUAGAAGGUUGAAGACAUUACAAGAGAAAGUAAAGGAACAUCAAGAAAAGGUUGGUGAAAAGAUCCAAAUAGUUGCAAAGACUGCUGGUAUGCAUCGGAAUGAGUGGGUGGAAAAUGCUGAUCGUUGGGUUGCUGGAUUUCUGGAAAUGUUUGAGGAAGGUUGCCACAAGAUGGGAACAGCAAUUAGGGAUCGAAUUCAAGAGAGGUUAAGAGGCCAGCAAUCAGGAGAUGGCACACUUCGUCUACAAAAUGGCAAGGAUGAUAAGGAUGAUGAUGAUGAUGAGUAUUAUUAUGAUGAUGAGGAUGGUAGUGAUGAAGAAUAUUUUGAAGAAUAUUACGAUGAUGAUGAGCUUAAUCCUCAAAAUAAUGGAAAAGAAGAGAACAAAAAGUAGGUAUACUUCGGUGAAGUUGUUGGGUUCUCAGUCAAUAGCAACUGUCCAUGCGAUAUCUGUAAUAUUAUAUGCAUUAUCUUGGAUAGUGGAUUGUGCUUUGGGGUUGCAGAAGGGAACUUUAAUUUUGCUGGUGUGGUCAAAUUUUUUGCGUGUUGAAUGCUGGUAUACAGAAAAGUGUUGUUUGUGCAUAUACUUAAUUUAAGGUGGGAAAAAAUACCAUCCUUUUUAUUCAUUUAAUUUUGGGCUCAA